AUGUGUGAUGGCCUCGGCCGUCAGUUCAGCUACUCCUGCCCCAACACCACUCUGUUCCAACAACGUAUGUUAGUGUGUGAUCAUUGGUACAUGGUCAACUGCUCCAAUUCCGAAAGCGACUAUGACGCCAACCUUCUCAUAGGUCAGAGAGACAAACCCUUCGUAUCUGAUGAAGACAUGCGUCUUCGCACUCCUCGACCUGACAUCCUGAACGUGCCUUCCAACAGCAACUAUUAUGAUGGCCUGAAGGAAGCUGAGUCCAAGUUUCCAAUACAUCCCAGUAAUAGUAUAGUUGGUAUAGCUGACUCCUUAUCUGGCGAAGAUAACGAAUUGGAUGACGAGAAACCGAGCUACAGACCACCGAGCUCGUGGUCCAUGAAGUACUUUAAAACUACACCCGUUAAAAAUACAGACAGGCAGACAAAUACAGAUGAUAAUCAUAGUUUCGAUAGCACGAAGGAAGCGGAUCAACCGCGGCCGAUCAAAGCUAAAAUAAAUGUGUCUCCGCCUUCACAAGAUCUGAGUCCACCUCUACCACCAAAAGAUCAAUCGACAGCCCAACCGGCUAAAGAUCCCGUGUAUAAUUUCAUCAAACGCUUCGAUCCAAAUUCUCCCGACUCAUUAAAGACGUCCAUGACUCAAUCAGAGAUAAUCAACCUGAACAAACAUCUGCCUGAAGGCCAGGUCAGCUCCGAAGAGGAGAGGACGCCGCGGAAAUAUAAAAACUUCGGCAACAAUAUUAAUGUUCUCGAUGGAAAUAAAAAGAAAAGUUCCAGCGAAGGAACUAGAUUUGAGAGCGUGAACAUUAAAACGAAACCAGAAGUCACAGAGGAUGCUACAUCUAAAGUCCCAGUACCAUCACAAGUCUUACUACCGCCGAAAAGAGAAUUCAACCCACCAAUAUCCACAACAAUGGGUCCACCGAUAUACUACGAAUGGAAAUGGGCGGUUCCAGCCUUCGAGUUAGCUCCUCCAAAACUGAACAAUGAGACUAAUAUCACUAACAUCAAACCCGUCAAACCUAUCGAGAGACCGUUCAGUGUGGUUCCCAAAACUACUCCCAGAGAGGUUGAAGUCACUCCACGUAAUACAGAAUACAAUAUAAGUUCAUACUUCGUUCCCGAUUACGUGUUUCCAUUGGACGGACCUCAUCCGGGAUACGGCGAUGAUGACGCACAGACUUCGUUCCAAGUACAAGUAUCUAGACCCGGGAGGUCAAGUUACGGCGAAAACCCAUCGUGCCCGCAAUGCCAUCCAGCGUAUCUUGAACCUGGCACUUGCGAGCCCUGUGUCGUAAAACGGUAA